GGGAGUUACACAGGGGGCAAGGGCCAGGUCCCAGCAGCAUCUCCAGCAAGACAGCUGCAGGGGAGGCCAUGGAGAAGCUCUUCAUGUCUGUGGGGCUAUUUGUGUGCCUCAUUUGCCUGGUGAAGUGCAUGAGGUUCUCCCAGUAUCUUUUUCUGAGGUUCUGCAAGGCUUUUCCAAGGUCUUUCCUGCGAUCAAUGGGACAAUGGGCAGUUAUCACUGGAGCAGGCGAUGGCAUCGGGAAAGCCUAUUCAUUUGAGCUGGCCAGGCAUGGACUCAAUGUCGCACUUAUCAGCCGGACACUGGAAAAGCUACAGGCCAUUGCAGAAGAGAUUGAGAGGACCACUGGAAGCCACGUGAAGAUUGUACAAGCAGAUUUUACCAGAGAGGACAUCUAUGACCAUAUUAAAGAACAACUUGAAGGCUUGGAAAUAGGAGUGUUAGUCAACAAUGUUGGAAUGCUCCCCAGCUUGUUCCCAAGCCAUUUCCUGAGCAUGCCCGGAGAGAGCCAGAAUCUCAUCCACUGCAACAUUACCUCCGUAGUCAAGAUGACACAGCUUGUUCUCAAACACAUGGAAUCAAGGCGGAGAGGUCUCAUCCUGAAUAUUUCUUCUGGAGUAUGCCUUCGUCCCUGGCCUCUGUACAGUCUGUACUCAGCUUCCAAGGCUUUUGUGUACACAUUUUCCAAGGCUCUGAAUGUGGAAUACAGAGAUAAAGGAAUCAUUAUCCAGGUGCUGACCCCUUUCUCUGUUUCAACCCCAAUGACAAACUACCUAAAUACCAGGAUGACCAAGACUGCCGAUGAGUUUGUUACAGAAUCCUUGAAAUAUGUCACGAUUGGAGCUGAAACCUGUGGCUGCCUUGCUCAUGAAAUCAUGGCAAUAAUCCUGAACCUGAUUCCUUCCAGAAUCUUCUAUAGCAGCACAGCUCAAAGAUUUCUCUUGACACGAUACUCAGAUUACCUGAAGCGCAACAUUAGCAACAGACACUGGGGUACCUUGCCUAUAUCUACAAAGCUGAGAGAGGGAGUCCCUGGGGAAGCUGGACAGUUAGACUAACCAGAACUGGUGAUCCCUGAGUUCAGGAAGGGACCCUACUUCAAUAAAUAAAGUGGAGUGUGAUUCAGGAA